AUGCUCGCCUCCACAUCACGGCUGGGGGGCAACGCCCUGCGUCAAGUAGCCAGAUCCAUCAUCCGCACUGCAUCCCACCCACGCACCCUGCGCACAGCGUCACUCGUCGCGCCCCUCCUUCGCGCCCCAACCACUGCGAUCCCACACCACCCCCUCGCUCACCGCACCUACGCCUCGUCCACCACCCCGACCUCCUCCUCCCUCGAUCCAGCCGACCAAGAAUCCCAGCGCUUCCUCGAGGAAGGCACCACCCAUCUCGAAGCAGGCGAUCUUCCCGCCGCGAAAGCCUCGUACCUCCGAUCCCUUUCGAUCAAACGCAACUCUUCGGCGCUGUUCAACCUCGGCGUAUGUCUCUAUCACGAUCGCGAUCUGCCCGCUGCAAUCGAUGCGUGGAAAGAGUCCCUCGCUCUUGCCCCCGAGUCGGCGGAUGCACACACAAACUUGGCCUCUGCUUACGUGCUCAGCAAGCCCAGUCGACCCGAUUUGGCGGUGGACCAUCUCAAGACAGCAGCAAAGAUUACACCCGAGGAUCCGGAGAUUCAGUACAACCUCGCAGCCGUACUCGAGGCGUGCGAGCAGCUGGAGGAAGCGUUGAUCGCGUAUAAACGCGCCAAGGAGGGUGGGAUCGAAAGGGCCGAACAGAAUAUCAGGAAUUGCUCGGCCAAGUUGCUCAGUGCGAGGUUUGCGGUGCAGCAGGAGAUGGAGGAGGAGGAGCGGGUCAAGAAGGAGAGGAAAGUCGAAUGA